GGGCGGAGUCAACACUCGAAGGAUCUUUUUUUUCGCUUCACCAAACAUUAGGAGCAGCUGCAGUGCUCGGACAGAACACUGUGGUACUGGACUGGGUAACGAGAGAAGUUGAUACCGUCUUAUUGGGUUUGACAGGCGGAGUCAGUGACACUGUUUGUAAAUGGGAGAUUACGCAAACAGCUGAUCAAAAUAAAUCUGGAGAUGGUUUUGUUGUUCUGAAGGCCGAGCUUGGUUUAGAGUCAUUUUAGAUUAGAAUUCCUCCGUUUCGUCAACAGGAUAGUUUGAAAGGUCUGUCGUAAAAGGAAUCUCUCCAGCGACUGAGUUUAUAGAAUUGGAGGCUCUCCCACAGCCAAUCACAUUUGACCCAUUUCUCCAUUCAGAGCACAGAGACUGCAGAUUUCUCAACCAAUCAAGUUUAGCAGGUACGCUGUGAGUUAAGGGAACAACAAUCAUUAUUGAAGCCCUGUUGGAAGGAUAUAGCUCAGAUUAACUUUACGCAUGUCAAACAUGCUUGGCAAACUCACCCGUUUCUUUCUGGGUGAGAUGGACAGAGAAGACAAUGAAGGAAUGAGUGGAAUGAACAAUAUUCUGUACGAGAAUGAGGAAGAUGACUGGAUUAUCGUGAACAUCCAAGUUGAAUAUCCUGUGACAAGAUUGGAAAUCAAUCCUCUAGAAGACCAACUUGGACACCCAAGCAGUAAUAACCAUGACAGUGAAGAAGCAACUGAAUUGACAGAGAAAUUAGAAGGUCACAGGGCUGUUCCAGUGGCUCAUUAUAUCCCUCAAAGAAUGUCCACUUUGUUUGGAGAUUGUGGUAUGGUACAUACCAAUCAGAUGCGUGUCAUGCAGCGUGCCAAAUUAUAUGCUGAGCGAAGAAAGCUAAGCCGGAAUCAACUUUUGAGGCAAAACCGAACAAGGAAACGACACUCUACUAAAGAGACCAGUGCCACACAUUUCAAACAGCCUCGUCAACGCAUUUCCAGAUAUUCAUGGCAAUAAAGACACUCUGCUUGGUUUUGGUGGUAAAUUUCAAAGAAUAUCAUUUCUGCAGGGGAUCCCACAUUUGAACGUUAGGAGAUCUGGAGAAUCCUUACAGAAAUUUUACCCCAAAGUGCUUAUGUGUAUGGUGUGCUUAUUUUGCUGACCCUCCCCUCACUCUCUUUAGAAUAGUUAAGUUUUCUAGAGAUAUAAAUGUAAUAUUUUGA